AUGCAAGCCCCGCAAGCCCGGUGGUAUGUGAUCAAAGUCGCAGAUAUCUGCAAGAUACUCACGGGAGAGAUAGGUUACCAGGAUUCAGGUGCUGACAUAGCUUACACGUUGCGAUCGAGGGGCAUCAACGUUGUUACGCCAUCUGCGUCUCCGCAAGUGUCCCUUCACGAGGGAUGGUGUUUCUCGGAUACCGAGGAAGGCAUUCUUUCAGCAGUGAAUGGAGGCGCAACCCAUCUGUGGGCAAACACUAUUGUCUUCGAAUCACAUCCACUGCAACAGUCAUCAAAGCUAGAGUCGAUUGCUUCGGAUAUUUAUGUUGUGGGUCAACCUCCACGGUUGGUUGAAAGCUUUGACGACAAAUUAUUCCUGAACGACAAGCUCCGCGAGCUGUCUGGGUACACCUUACCCCGUUCGUGGUCCAUCUCCACGUCUGACGACCUUGAGGAAUUUGCUUCUUCCAUCGAAAAAUUCCCCGUCGUGGGAAAGCCGGUUCGCGGCCGUGGAAGUCACGGAGUGAAAGUGUGUUAUAACCCUUCUCAACUAAAGCAACACCUAGAGACAUUGCUUCAAGAAUCGCCUCUGGUCCUGGUCGAGGAGUAUUUGGCCGGAGCGGAAGCGACGAUCACUGUUAUGCCACCGACCCCCAAGCGCCCUGAGUACUGGAGUAUGGUCCCGGUUGUCAGGUUCAACCAUGUCGGUGGCAUCGCUCCCUACAACGGCACUGUAGCCGUGACUGCCAAUUCUCGCAUAGUAAACGAUGUGGAGAUGCAGGACCCGGCCUACGGCAAAAUCAUGGACGAGUGUGUCAAGGUUGCUAGACUGACUGGCGCUACGGCUCCAAUCCGGGUUGAUGUGCGACGAUUCAGCGCUGGCUCGGAAUUCGCGCUUUUUGACAUCAAUAUGAAACCAAAUAUGACUGGGCCUGGUCGUCCUGGGCGCGAAGACCAAGCUAGUCUAACCGCCAUGGCAGCAACUGCCCUAGGAUGGGACUAUGGCACUCUCCUGGAAGAGAUUCUCGCCAGCGCCCAAAGCCUUGCUUCUUUCCGUGCUUAUCGCAGUCCGUUUUGA